AUGGUGAUUCCUCCCAGCUCUCUGCAGCCCUGGCCCCCUCACCUGCACUGCUGCAGCCCCACACAGCUGGACAGAGCCAUCCCCAUGCUGCAGCACCCCCUGGGCUCUGCCAGCGUGGCCUUCAGGAGGCUCCCUCUGAUCGUGCAGGGGGCUCUCUGUCAGCAGAGAGAGCGCUGCGAGCACGGCAGGAGCCACGUGGAACGGGCCACUUGUCCCCAGGGCAGCGGGCACAGCACGGGGCUGCUGCGGGGGCUCGGGCACCGGCGCUGGGUGUCAGCUCGGCUGCGCUCAGCGGGCACCAUGCCGGGCACUCGGGGGGCUGUGGGCACCAUGCGGGGCAAUCCGAGGGGCUGCGGGCAGGGCGGUGCCGGUGCCCCGACGGAACACCCUGCAUCGAGCGCGGCGCUGCCAGCUCCGGUGCCUCCAUCCUAUGACUCACAGGACUUGGCCGGUGCCGCCGCUGCGCUCGGGGCGUCUGCGGCCCCGGCCCCGCGCUCUGACCUCGGCACCGGCGGCCCUGCCCGGACACCGAGCCGCGACCGGGUUGGGGGUCCCGCCGUGACCGCCCCGUCCCGGAGCUGCCGGUGCUCGGGGCGUCCCCGCUUCCGCCCCGGGAUCCCCCCGCCGUCCCGGCCCCGGUGCCGCCCCUGCUCGGCGCGGCCGUUCCGCCCGGGAACGCGAGGGCUCCACGCCGAGAAGCCGCGGCUCAGCCCGGUACAGCUCACCGGGGGCUCACCGGCCCCGGUGCCCCAGCGCGUCCCGGCCGUUCAGCACCGCGGACAGCGGCGGAGAACGAGGCUGGAGAUGCGGCAGAGCCGCGAGAGGAGCAGAACCGGAGCGGCGGCUCCCGCCACCGAGGAGAGCGGGCUGUGCCGCUCACCCCCGUCCCCCAGCCCGUCCCGCCGCCGGGGGCCCGCUCCCCGCCGCUCCGGUGCCCCCCGGUCCCCCGCCCCCGCCGCCCGGUGCGUGCCCGGCGCUGACGUCAGCCCGGGAGCCCGGGCCCAUAUAACCCCGGGCCGCGCCGCCGGCUCAGCUCCCGCGGGACCCAUCGCGCUCUCCGCGCCGCCGGCACCGGCACCGGCACCGGCAGGAACAGGGCACAGCGCACCGGGUGCGGAGGGACCGAGGAUGCGGCGGGCACUGCUCACCCUCCUGCUGCUGCUCGCCCGCCCGCCGCCCGCCGCCGCCCGCCCCGCCAGCACCGACGGCUCCGUCCCGGCGGCUGGGACCGGGGACCAGGACCCGCCGCUGUGGCCGCCGCUGGCGCCGCCGCCCCCGGGGCCGUGGCGAGGGCGGCGGGACGAGCCGCCGCUCUCCAUCGACCUCACGUUCCACCUCCUGCGGCACCUCCUGCUGCUCGCCCGCGCCCAGAGCCAGCGCGCCCGCGCCGACUCCAACCGCCGCAUCCUCGACGCCGUGGGGCGCUGAGACCGGGACACCCCGGGACACCCCGAACCCUCCGGGACACCCCGGACACCCCCCCGGGACACCCCGAAACCCCCCCGGACCCCGGGGCUGCGCCGCCUCCAGCCGCCGCCUCGGCCUCCGCGCUGUGAGCGCUCGGCACCGAAACCGGCACGGGCCGAACCCGCCGCUGCCCCGGCGCCGGGGCGAGCGGGAGCGGAACCGGGAGCGGAACCGGGACCGGCCCGCAGCGGUUUUGUAAUAAAACGUGGUGGAAACCGAGGCGUGAGCGAGUGCGGGGCAGCUGGGGCUGUGCAGGGCCAGGGACUGGGCAAACUGGGAACGGGCUCACCGGGAAU